AUGAGCUUGGCGAAUAAAAAUCUUUUUGAGCUCAACAAUGUUGUGCGCUUCAAAGCCAACCUCCUGGAGCAACAUGGUUCUCCUGGUAGCUGCCCGGUGCGUCAAGGUGCAAAGCUGGAAUUUACAGACCCAUUUGGUGGACUUUCGGAAGAAGGGGGCGAGAUGGAUUGGAGUCUCAAACUCGACGACGGUGAUCCUGUUGAUCUUCCUGACGACAGCCGUGCUGAGUUUCUGAAUAAGUUCUGCGCCACUGACCCGUUCUCAAUCCUUCUUGUCCCGGCGUAUGGGCCGUGUCGUGUCCCCCAAGAGUCUGUUGUCCUCAUUGAGGACGGGGAUAGUGCAAGUGAGCCAAAGGGCAAACCUUUGACUGCCUUGUCACUCUGCUUCCGUGAUGGUAUUUUGGAUAAAGUCGUCCCUAUAUUCCAAGGAAUCGGGUGGUCGCUCCAGACGCUUUCACUAAAGGUUUUCCCGAACGAAUGUGGCGACAACAACGUGGACGAUGUGCUGCCUGCAAUUCUGUCUGCCUGUCCUCAACUCAAAGAAUGCACGAUUCGUGCUGACGUUAUCGAUCUGGAUCGUCUCGCCGCUGAAUUGGAACGAUCUAGACACACCAAUGGCGAUGAUGUUUCGACCAUCUCCUCACUAAACUUAUGUUAUCUCAGCGAUUUCGGGAGUGGAAGAGGCGUUUUCUUCGCGCAGCAGCUCGGAGAACCCACCGCACAUCUCGCACAGAAUUUGACGAGUCUCUACAUCUCCACCAACCGUUCCACAAACCCAUUGAAGAACAAACUGCUGAGCGAGCUGUGGACCGCUCUGCGUCAAAAUGCCGUGUUCGAAAAGCUCAAGCUGGUCGUAUCGGAACGAAACUUCAGCGCCACGUGGAGGUGGCGCUUCUAUCAGCUGAACCGCUAA